AAUACAAAAUUGUUUCAGGAAAUUUCUUCCCUGCCAGUUUUUUGAUUUUUGGUUCGUUCUUCAAUCAAUCUCCCCUCUCUCUGAUUCUCUACCGCUGCAACCUCGGCUCAAAUCUGCCUCAUUGUUGUUACCCUUCUCCAAUUCUCCAUUUCUUCCAUUUAAUUGUUCCUUUCUAUUCCCCUCGUUUCAUUUUCUAGGGUUUUCUGAAAUUUCCCACGAAUUUUUCGAGAGAGGAAGGCCAUUUUGUGGCCUCGAGCUGCUGGGUUGUGCCCGAUGACCUAUCAUGAGACGGAGAACGGCCGGGGAGGAGGAGAAGUGGUGGUUGCGGAGGAUAUCACCGUGGGAAUUGGAUGUGACCGUAAUAACAAUGGGGAUUACGUUACAUUGGGGCAGACUCCUCGCAAUUGUGAAGCGGAGGUGCCCUCGCAUGGGGGUUCUGAGCCUUGUUCUCCCGGACGCUCUUUGUGGCUUUGGGUUCGGUUGGUGGUGCUAUUUGCUUUCUUGGGGUUAUUAGCUGCUGUUUUUUUCAAAUGGGUUGGGCCCUUUUUCAUGAAUAAGGAAAUAAUACCAAUUAUAAACUGGGAAGCUGAGACGUUUAGUACUCCAGUGCUGGCAGUUUUGGUUUUUACUUCAGUAGCACUGUUCCCUUCAUUGUUUUUACCAUCUUCACCUUCUAUGUGGUUGGCAGGGAUGACUUUUGGUUAUGGCCUUGGGUUCCUGUUAAUUAUAUCGGCAGUAACUAUUGGUGUAUCACUUCCAUUUUUCAUUGGCUCCCUAUUCUAUCGUAAAAUUCAAGGAUGGUUAGACAAAUAUCCUAAAAGAGCUUCUGUCUUAAGAUUAGCAGGCGAAGGAAAUUGGACUCAUCAGUUUCGGGCGGUAACACUAAUUCGGAUUUCUCCAUUUCCUUACAUUCUAUAUAAUUAUUGUGCUGUAGCAACGAAUGUCAGAUAUGGUCCUUACAUCUUGGGGUCACUGGUUGGAAUGGUGCCAGAAAUAUUUGUCACUAUAUACACCGGCAUUUUAAUCAGGACAUUGGCCAAUGCUUCGCAAAAUCAGCAGUUCCUCUCAGCCCCUCAGAUUGUAUUCACCGUUGUUGGCUUUUGCGUUACUGCAGCUACGACGGUUUUCUUCACUGUAUAUGCAAAAAGGAAACUCAAGGCAUUGCAGACAGAAGAUGAGCAAUUAUUGCUGUUGUAAGGCUUCUUCCCUAGCCGGGUUAAAGUUGCUUAUUCUCAAGCACAUAGAGCUGCUGGACAAUAUAAUGAUUGAACCGACCAAACAAAUUCGUAUCCACGGUGGUUUCAAAGAAGCUUCAAGUAGUGGUACAGAGAAACAAAGAAAUAAUGCAAAUAUCAUACACCAGAUAAUCAUAGAUUGAUUACAAAACUCAUCCAAAAGCCAUCGGAAUCAAGCGAAACAAGUAUGUUGUCUUUUAUCCCUUUGUCUGCUUUUCAAAUCUUAAUUGUAAUGGUUGGAAUGAGCUAUUAUGAAAUAUUGGACUGGACUGGAUUGGAUUGGAUUUAGGCAAAUGCAGGAGAUCUGUAUAUGGAAACGUUUUAGUUUUGUUGUUUGCUGCUGAUGGUACAUAAUAUUAUUCAUUCUUCUGUUUCUGAGUUCAA